UGAAGCACUCAAUCUAGAAGGCAUAAAUUAGGUUUAGACACAGGCGAUAAAAAUUGCCAGAAGUUGAGAUUUCAUUAUUGGAAGAGAUUGAGAAGAGUGAGAAUAUUUAGUUUACCGAAGGAAUCAAGAAUGGAUAAAAGAAAGACAAGGUUGAAGAAAAAGUCCCAAUCUGUAGAUGUUACUGCACCAGGACACAACCUUCCAGCACCAGAAGCACAAGAGAUUCCACAAGCCAGUAAAUUGAUACCUGUCAUUAAGACAGCUGCUUUUGAAGAGGAGCAAAACACCACAAAUACACAAAGGCGCAACCCACGGAGAAGUGAACUGAGGAGAUACUACACCAUUGAUACUGGCCAGAAGAAGAACCCAGACAAGAAAGAUGGGAGACGAAUGUCUUUUCAGAAGCCUAAAGGGACUAUUGAAUAUACAGUUGAAUCAAGAGACACUCUAAACAGUAUUGCCUUGAAAUUUGAUACGACACCCAAUGAACUGGUUCAGUUAAACAAAUUUUUCUCCAGAGCAGUUGUUCCUGGACAGAUUUUAUAUGUUCCUGACCCAGAAUAUGUUUCUAGUGUGGAGAGCUCCCCAUCUCUUAGUCCCAUAAGUCCUUUGUCACCUACGUCUUCAGAAGCUGAGUUUGACAAGGCUACCGAUCCAGAUGGACUUCAGCAAAAAGAGACAGCUGCUCCACCAGCUUAUGCAUGUGUUCGUCCUGCGAGAGUGGUAUCCUCCACAUCAGAGGAGGAAGAAGCAUUUACUGAAAAAUUUCUCAAAAUUAAUUGCAAGUACAUGACCUAUGGCAAGGUGCAGAGGAGCACAUGGACAGGACAGAGACAUCUGAAUCUGGGGAGGGUCUGUAAACAGAAGAGGAUGGAAGAUGAUAAAAUAUGGGGUACAGUCAGUGGUGUGCUGCUAGUGACGCCAAAUAAUAUCAUGUUUGAUCCACAUAAAACUGAUCCUUUGGUCCAAGAGAACGGCUGCGAAGAGUAUGGCAUCAUGUGUCCAAUGGAAGAAGUGACGUCAGCUGCUUUGUAUAAAGAAAUUGUGGACAGCAAAAUAAAGGAUUCAUUACUCAUAGAUGUAGAACCAUUAUCUGUAAGGGACCUCUGCCAUUUCAAGAAAAUUACAAGAAGCAAUACAGAUGAAAUGGACUUGAAGGUUCGGGAUACAGGGAAUGACAGUGCCAGCACAGCCCCUCGGAGCACCGAAGAGUCUCUUUCAGAGGAUGUAUUCACAGAAUCUGAACUUUCUCCAAUACGUGAGGAACUUGUUUCUUCAGAUGAGCUUCGACAAGACAAAUCUUCUGGUGCCUCAUCAGAAUCUGUCCAAACGAUAAAUCAAACAAGUGCAGAAUGUUUAACAGUAAUUUCAGACUCAACCAAUGUUCCCAGUGACUUAAAAUCCAGCAUUGAACUGCCUUUAAAUAACGGUGGAUUUGUAACCCAUACUGUUGGUUCAGUAUCUGCUGAAAUGGCAAUACGGGAAGGAGAGAACACUGCAGAGGAAAAAGAUUCAAAUGCCCAUCAGAAAUCUUUGCAAGAGGUGCAACCCAGCAAAGAAUGUGGAACAGAUGUAGACAUUGUCAUAGAUCAAGAUUCCACACUAGAGAAUACACAAAAAAGAGAGUGUGAGGUAAGGAAGGAAUGUCUACUUUGUGAAAACGUCACAGACUCUCAAAAAAAAGAGACCGUUAGCAGGGAAAAGCUAGUGAAAGAACUAACUCGAGAUUCGGAUACAGAAGUUGAAGAGCUUCGUAAACUCUGGAAGAUUCACACUAUGCAACAGACCAAGCAACAAAGAGAAAACAUGCAGCAAGAUUCACAAAAAGAAAUUAAGCACAAAAUGGAGACCACAGCAGAUGAACAAAUAGAAGGUUCUACUCUUACAAAAGAGAAGAGAAGACAUCGAUCCCACAAGUUCUUGUGUCUUAAAGUUGGAAAACCUAUGAGAAAAACAUUUGUGUCACAAGCAAGUGCAUCAAUGCAGCAGUAUGCACAGAGAGAUAAGAAACACGAGUACUGGUUUGCUGUUCCACAUGAGAGAACAGAACACUUGUAUACCUUCUUUAUUCAGUGGAGCCCAGAAAUAUAUGCAGAGGAUACUGAGGAGUCUAUUAGAGAGCCUGGAUUUAUAGUGGUAAAGAAGAAUGAAGAGCCAGAAACUGGUGAUUGCACUAACGAAGCUGCUACUAGAGAGUGGGAGGUAGUGUCAGUGGCUGAGUAUCACCGCAGGAUCGAUGCUCUAAAUAGUGAAGAACUGCGCACGCUCUGCAGACGCCUCAAGAUAACAAGGGAAGACAUAAAUUCAAAGCAGGCCACAAAUAUUAAAACAGACCUGGAGCCUGAAGCAUUUCGGCCAAAUCUUAGUGAUCCCAGUGAAUUGUUACAGUCAGACCAAAUUGAAAAGCUCACAAAACACCUUCCUCCACGAACCAUUGGGUAUCCAUGGACUCUUGUCUACAGCACUGCAAAACAUGGCAUGAGCUUGAAGACGUUGUAUCGAACUAUGUUGGGGCUGGACACUCCUGUACUAAUGGUUAUCAAGGAUAGUGAUGGACAGGUUUUUGGUGCACUAGCUUCUGAACCUUUUAAAGUGAGUGACUGCUUUUAUGGAACUGGAGAGACUUUUCUGUUUACUUUCUCUCCAGAUUUUGAGGUCUUCAAAUGGACAGGAGACAAUAUGUUUUUUAUUAAAGGAGACAUGGACUCUCUAGCUUUUGGUGGGGGAGGGGGUGAAUUUGGUCUUUGGCUUGAUGGAGAUCUCUACCAUGGAAGAAGUCACUCUUGUAAAACGUUUGGGAAUCACACACUUUCUAAGAGAGAAGACUUCAUUAUCCAAGAUAUUGAAAUCUGGGCUUUUGAAUAAGUGUAUAACUGUCUCUACAGGCUGUUGUCCCAAACCUGGCAUGAAUCAGUGCAGCUCAAAAAGCCCUACCAGCAAUAUAAUAUAGUAUUUAUAUACUAUGGCUUUAAAUCUACCUUCCUGGUGAUCCAGAUACAGUUUUGAAAUUGCAUACUUUAAGUUGUCAUACUUUACUAUGAGUUUAAAAUAUUUCUAUGAGUCUCGUCCACAUGGACUGAAAAUAAAUAUCCGUUAAAUUAAGCUUGCUAUUGUGGAGCCAGCCUCCCAAAUUAUCUGUCCUUCAGUGUACCCCAACACAUCUGCCUAUGAUCCCUUUAAGACUACUUUUCUGCAUUUCAAUUAAGAUUAUUUUUCUUUUAAAACUGUAUCUCUAAAUGGAGCUGUCCCUAUGGAGGCCUGCAAGAGAGGAAGUUUUAAGUAUGGUGAUUUGACGUAAUGCUACAAACACUGGUUCAGAACGCUUAUUAAUUAAUUCACAUGGUGCCACUGCUAGACAAGAAGUUUAGCAUUCUGUAUUGGAGCAUACCAUUACACCUAGAUCUGGUUAGACAAUUCAUCCAAAUUCAGAAGUGCCACUUGUUUUAUUAAUGUCCAUGUUUAGAAAAUACAUGUCAGUUACAUGAUAUAAUACAAGUUCUAGUUACGUGCUGAUUGUAUUAGAAUACUUUGCACAUGCUGUUAAUGAUCUGCAGGUUUGGGACAAAUGAGGACAGCACUGAGCUAUGUGUUUAAAAAUGUAAAAAGGGAAUAUGAGAAUGUGUGUUAAUUCCACUGAAUUUCAUGGAUUAAUCAAGUAAAAUGCAGCGAACAAAUUUGUAGCUAUGGUAAGUCAUUAUGCAUACAGGGACUAUGAAACCAACGUAUUUUUUCUUCAACAUAAACUGUCAGAUAUAUACUGUUUUAUAGUUAUACUGUUGUAGCCUUGUAGCACAUCAAUUCCAAGAACAUAGCUUAUUCCUGUCCAAAA